GAGGGGCAAAGGACGCGGGCAAGCGGGCACUGAUGGAUGGCAAUGGGAUGGGAUGCAGUGUUUGGGUUGGACGUGUGGAUCUACACAACACAACACACACAACACAAAACAACACAGUACACACAGCACAGCACAACGCAGCACAGCGCACGCAACACACAACGCAACGCAACACAAUGCAACACACAACAGAAUGCCACACAACACAAUGCACAACACAACACACAACACACAACACAACACAAUGAAGCGCAACGCACCCACAACACAACACACAACACAGUGCAACACAGCACACAACACACAAUGCAGCACACAACACAACGCAACACAAUGAAACACAACGCACACAACGCCAUGCAACACAACACAACACAGCACACACAACGCAGUGCAACACAACACAACACAGCACACACAACACAAUGCAUACAACGCAAUGCAACACAACACAACGCACACAACGCAACGCAACACAACACAGCACACACAACACAACACAACGCACACGAAAAAGGGAAAAAAAGGCAAAAAAAAAAAGGGGGAAUGAUAUUUUUUGAGAGACUUUUGUAUCAAAGCUGAGCACUUGGAGAAAAAAAAAGAGAAAAAACGAGGAAAAAAAAAAAGCAAAAAAGAAAAAACCAAACCAAAAAAAAACCACAACAAAGGGCCGCUCCAGAUGUAAUAUAUUUUGUGGAUGUUUUUAUUCCUUGGAUUUAUAGUACCUUAUACUAAGGUUAAAGAGAAAAACAAACAAACAAACAAACAAAAAAGAGAAAAAAAAUAAUAAAAAAAUAUUUAAAAACGGUAAAAAAAAAAAAAAAAAAAUUUCACCCCAACCCCGCACCCCCGGAGAUGAUGAUAAUAAUAAUAUUAAUAAUAAUAAUAAUUAAUAAUAAUGAAUGAUGGUGAUGAUGAUAAUAAAACCCGGCUCGGUAUGGUGAGAAGGUGGCGAUUUUCACACCCCUUUCAUCCGCUCAUCCCCGGCGUUCGCUGCAACCGCCCGCACUGUGCGCAAACGAUGCCGUAAAUAUAGAUAUUGUGUUUGGCUGACAAAGCGCGGCGGAGUCCCGGCCCUUCUUUGAGCACGGGGUGGGGGCGGGAUGCGCCGCGGGGCUGCGGGGGGCGAUGCUCACCCCCCACGAAUGGGGUGGCCGUGGGGUUGGGAGGACCCCGCGUGGUCGGGGCUCGGUUGGGUUGGCCUCGCCUGCGGCGCGUGGCGGCGCGUGGGGCGGGUGGGUCGCUCGGCCCCAUAGCUCAGCCCCAUAUCUCCACCCGUAUCUCCAGCCCACACCUCUGCCCCACGGCUCCCUCUGCCCCACAGCUCGGCCCUGUUGGGUUUUUCCACCCCUCCGGCCCCACAGCGGAUUUAAGGCUCGGCGGUGGCGUCCGUUGGCUCAAAGAGGAUCUGAUGGUUCAGCCCUUAAUGCCGCGGUGCCGCAGGUGAGGAGCGCACAGGGAUUUCUGCCCGGGUUAUAAAUAAGGUGGAUUUCGGGGCCGGUGCGGCGGGGCGAGGGGGGGUGAGGGGUAAAUCCCACAGCGCCGCCGUCCCCGUGCGCGGUGACCGCACUCCGUCCAUCCUUCCCAAUGGGGAGCGGAGGGUCGGGGCCGUCGCCGUUGGUGCCGUGGGGUUGAGCAACGAUGGGCAGUGGGGGCGCGGAGUGGGUGCCAACGGGGCAGCGUCAGGAUGGGGCACCAAUGGGUCACAUCGGGGACGGCCCAACCCACGUUGGGUUGGGUGGUGCCUCCACCUGCAGGGCUGUAGGAGCAGCAGUGGGGCUGAGCUCCCAUCCCCGGUGCCGGUGGGACCCCGCGGUGCCGCCGCCGGGAUGGGCGCACGCGGGAGGAGCACCCAUGGGUGGCGGAACGUGCGGAGCGCGUGCAGCACCUUGCACGAAAAUGUUGGUUGCCACGGAAACGAGGCACUUUCCGUCCCCGUUGUGUGUUCCGGGGGGGGAGGGAAGGGCUCGCAGCCACGUGCAGUGCAGUGCAGUGGGUCGGCUCCCGCUGCGUGGCUUUGGCCAACGCUCCUCACCGCCCAAAGCCCGCGGGCGGCCGUGGGGCAGCGGUUGGGUUUGGAGGAGCAGCCGUUCCCUUUGGGCCGUCCCCGAUGUCCUCGUGGGGAAGGGAUGCGGAAGGAGUCCCCAAACUGCUCCCAAAUCCGAAGGGGCGGUGCUCACUGAGCGCUCCUCUCCAUGUCCCCCUGCCCGUCCCGAUCCCCCACAUCCCUUCCCAGUGUCCCUGUGGGGUCACCGGCCCAGGCAGGACUCUGUCACCCUUCGUGGGGACAUCACCCCAAUGCCACCACCCUCCAUGGGGACAUCACCUCAAUGCCAUCACUCUCCAUGGGGUCAUCGCCCCACUGCCAUCACCAUCCAUGGGGACACCACCCCCGCUGCCAUCACCAUCCAUGGGGACAUCGCUCCAUGGCCACCACCCUCUAUGGGGGCCAUCACCCCAUGGCCAACACCCUCCAUGGGGCCGCCGUUCUUCAUGGGGCCGUCACCUCACUGCCAUCCCUCUCCAUGGAGCCAUCACUCUCAGUGGGGCCGUCUCCCCACUGCCACCCCCUCCGUGACGACAUCACCCUUCCCACUCCCUGUCCCCAUUCCUCGCAGGGCAUUUGGACCGGAUGUCCCCACAGAGUCCCCUCCAAGCCAACAGUUCUCCAUGUCCCGAUGUCCCCCCCCCCCCACUCCAGGUCCCCCUCUCCCCACAGCCGUGGGCACAAUCCCCGCCCGGCGCUCACCUCCCUCGAUCCCUCAGCCCUAAUCCCAUGUCCUCACCGGUGUGUGUAACGCCUUCCCAAUUUAGCAGCAUCAGCUGCGACGGUAAUUAACGCUCUGUUUACCUGCGCCGCCGCGCUGCUAAUUAAUAAAGCCACCCCUGGCACCGCUCCUAACCUGCCGUCCCCGUGCGGUGACACCGCAUCCGUCGCGACGUCCCCACCACCCCUUCGCCAAUUUCAUGGGUUUUGUCCCCAAACCCAACGCUCCAUCCAUCUGUGGAACCCAACGCUCCAUCCCUCCCCAUCCCUUCCCCAAAUCCACACUUUUUCUCCCCAAACCCAACGCUCCAUUCAUCUCCAUCCCU